AUGGGCUCAGAUAUCCAAGAAAUUUUCGGAAGUCGGUACGAGCUGCCAGAACUGGGGCCGCUCGGAAGCAACGGAAUGGCUCUGCCUCGCGACUUCGAGUUUCCCGUCGCCUCCUUUGACAUGGACAAAUCAGAGUGGGAGAUUGUCUAUAAACUUUCCGGAAAACUAUGGUCAUGCAAGCAGAACCAUACGCCCUUUGAUGUUGUUGCCUGGGACGGCAACUACGUACCCUUCAAAUACGCUGCCGAAAAAUUUGUCAACGCAGCCUUCGUCGAUAAAGAUCAAGCCGACCCAAGUUUGUACACUGUAUUGACAGCAAAGUCCAAGACACCUGGGGUUCCUGCAACAGAUGUCAUGUUCUUCACGCCCAAGUGGUCUUCGGCAACAAACGCCUACCGGCCUCCUGUACUACUACCAUCGAAAUAUGGCAACGGAAGUUGUGGGAUAGUGUACGGCGACUACAAAGGCACGAGUCGCAACUUGGAGGCCGGUGGCCUGAGUUUCCAGUCAAGCUACACACCUCAUGGAGGUAAACUCUUCGCAAGGCCGAGACACAAGUACGGGCACUAA